CGACUUGUUCAGCAGUACUUCACUGCCCGUCCGGCGAAUUGCGCGUGUGCUUUGUGUUGUUUUGUUGCGAGUGCUUCGCGGUCCGUUAGGAUUUUACGUGCUCCGGUCGCCGGUUUUUUAGAUUCCGUGGAUGGAUUUUAGCGACAGCGUGCGUGCUGUUUUGUCAUUUUCCAGAGGAUUGUUGGGUUUGUUUUUGUUUUGUGCCGUCGCCGCCGCCGAGGGAGAAGCCGCAGAGUCGCGCUUGCGCCGUGCCGCUCGGUUGUUAUUGAAUGUUCCUUGGUGUCCUUUUGUUAUUCCAUCAGAAAGUGAUGGUUGCAACGAGUGUCGUUUAUUCGUAAUUAAGAGAGUGAAAAUUAUUUUUUGUGAGGUGCAGUGUGUCGGGAUCAAGCUGGUGCGGUGAAAAAUUCCUCAAUUGUUCGAAAGUGCGCCAAAAUAGUGUACCGGUUUUCGCCACCGUCAAUCACGUUGCUGUCAAAUUCGAAUUCUCGAAAGAGGUGUAAACAAAAGCGACGAGCGGAUGAUUCAUCUCUGGAUUUUGCGCAAGGAUGUUCGCCGGAGUUUGUGAAUGAAAGUGAGUCUGCGGGACUGGUGCUUCCGAUUGACGCCAGAAUUCUGCCCAUUCACACCCCUUCGUUUCCCCAUUAUCGACAGCGAAAGGGUGUUUUUAUGCUGCCAUUACUUUCCACCGUCGAGUCGCCCUUGGGAAGACGACUCGGGGCAAGGCGCCAGCCGUUGUAAAGUCAGCUCGAAUGCAGAGUGUCACACCUGACGUGUGGAGCCGAAGCAAGAAAUCAUAUGGUAACAAAAAUAAUAACGGUUGCCAUUGAGUGUGCUUUUGUGUAUGUGUGUUUGAAUACGUCUCCAGAAAAAAAGUGUUGACCGUGUCUCGGAACGAAGAGAUUCGCAAUUAAUUAAAGGUGCUGCCGCUCAUUGGCCACGGAAUACCUGCGUUGGGUGUAAAAGUUGGCUGAAAAAAAAAGGAUUAAAAAAUCGUUUGAUUACGUGGUGCGAAGGAAGAGAGGUAACAACAUCGUAAGAGCUGGUCCGAGUGGAGAGGUGGCGAGCAAGUGAUACACAAAAAGUUCCAGUGGUGAUAUAAGAAAGUAGGAAUCUGUGAUGGUCGGUAAAAGGGGGCGAGAAAUGUGUGCUAUUCGAUGGAGCAUCGGUUCGGUCGCACUGAUCCUGGUGUUCUGCAGCUGGAUUGUUGUCAACGGGAAUCCAGCCGUGCCUUCUCGGUCUGCUGCCAAUCUUCCGAAUUUGUGGGACUUUGACGAUAAUGUGCAAAACUAUUUAAUGGAGUUUGGUUAUCUGCCGAAAUCUAAUAUCGAGACGGGCAAUCUGCGAACGAUGGACCAGCUGAAGGAGGCCGUGCGGUUGCUACAGUCCUUCGCCAAUCUGGAACCGACGGGCGAAAUAAACCGGGACACGUUGGAGUUGAUGCGGAAGCCCCGUUGCGGGGCCCCGGAUCUUCCCAACUCUCCGGAUUUCCUCCCAUCCAACAGUUUGAGUCCGCUACAGUUUCGCCAUCGGAGGAGCCGGCGCUUCGUGAUCCAGGGCCAGAAGUGGGAGCAUCCCAUCGUAACUUGGAGGUAA